AUUUAACUCCUACGUCCCUCCCUACCUCUCCACCUCUUCUUCAUUUCUUCUUCAGUGUCAUUUGUUUUCAUCUGCAGCCGGACGCUCUUCAACGCAACGAGGAUAACUUGAUCAUAUAUAAUGGCAGCAACAAGAAGCGCUAUCAGAUUUGUGACUCGCAGGUUCUCCAGUGGCAAAGUUCUUAGCGAAGAGGAAAAGGCUGCUGAGAAUGUUUUCAUCAAGAAAAUGGAGCAGGAGAAGCUUGAGAAGAUAGCUCGACAGGGUCCGGGAGAACAAGCAGCAGGUUCAGCCAAGGCUAGUGGUGGUGGAACUUCAUCAGCUGAAUCCGCGGGACCAAAGGUGUCAGAAGACAAGGACAGAAACUAUGCGGUUGUGGCGGGUGUGGUGGCUGUCGUUGGUGCCAUUGGUUGGUACAUGAAAUCAGGCGGAAAGAAGCAGCAGCCUGAGGCUCAAGAGUGAAGAAAGGGUAGUAGAUUGCUGGACUUUGGAAUGGCUUCCUAUAAUAAAUAGAGAGUGGCUUACUCUUUGUAUGAGAAACUUUUGAAUUGACUACUACUCUUUCUUUUGGUUUCGAUUUACAAAGUUCGAGAAUAGAUUUUACUUCUUUCUUAGGUUUGUUGACAUUUAUGUUCGGAGUCUUUAACACAGUCGAUUCGGCUCUC